AUGACAAAUAACGAACCAAAUCGGUCGGGGCAUUUUUAUCGAAUUCAUCGUGACUUGGUUGUGUUCAAAAUGGUUGACAUGUUCUGGAUACCGGUGAACACCAUGGAAACCUGUCGAAUCAAUGGCACCGAUGACGAAGUUGGAGAGAAAAGAGGACAAAUGAAGGCCUUGCUGACAACGCGGGGCAUAUUGAUUGCAUAA